AUGACGACCACAGAGCUGAAUUUGAUAGCGCCCCUCGAAACACCUCUGCCUGCUCCUCGCGAGGGAGAGGUGCUCACUGACGCCCAGUGGACUACUUUGUUGGCCAUUGCAGAUACCAUUGUCCCGUCAAUUGAAGUCUCCUCGGAGAAAUCAAGUCACAACCUGACUCUGACAUCCUCUGCUUGGACUGAGUCUGCUCAAAACAUCAAAGAUCGCCUUCCGGCAGACGCGAAUGCAAAGACGACGGAUAUCUACUUUCGAGAACAAGCCAGCAGCACCCAGGGAUUUCAGGCACUGCUUCAGAGGAUUCUGAACGAAUACUUACGUGAAGAUGCGAAGAAAGGCAUUCGGGUCCUCCUAUCGGCACUCAAUACAAGAGCAGGAUGCCUUCUUAUGACUGGCUCCACUACCUCCUUUCAUCUUCAGCCAGUCAAUGUACGUCAGCAAGUUCUGCAGAAUUGGCCUCACUCAUACUUGUCGCCCUUACGAGAUGGUGCCAAAGCAUUCAUCGGGAUUAUCCUUGUCACAUGGACUCGGACAAGCCCAACCCUUAGUCAGGUGCUUGGCUUCCCUCGAGCCCCAGUACAUGGCAAGCCGGGUCAUGGUCAUCAAUACAGCUUCAUACAAUUUCCGCAAAGCGACGAAUAUGAAACGUUAGAGACAGACGUCGUGAUUGUGGGAAGUGGAUGUGGAGGCGGCGUUGCUGCGAAAAAUUUGGCAGAAGCAGGGCACAAGGUCAUCGUGUGUGAAAAGGCAUAUCACUGGGGUCCAGAGCAUUUGCCGAUGUCACAACAAGACUCUAUGGUUCAUCUGUUUCAGAAUGCUGGCAUGAUAUCCUCUGAUGAUGGGAGUGUCACAUGCAUAGCAGGCGGAGCGUUUGGAGGUGGAGGUACUGUCAAUUGGUCAGCCUCUUUGCAGACACAAGCAUUUGUACGAAAAGAGUGGGCUGAAGCCGGACUGCCGAUGUUUACGUCGGGCCAAUAUCAAACGUCUCUGGACCGCAUCUGCGAGCGGAUGGGCGUCUCCACAAAGUUUGUUGAGCAUAAUGUCAACAAUAAAGUGCUCAGCGAGGGUGCGAGAAAGCUUGGAUAUGCAUAUCAUGAUGUACCGCAAAAUACAGGGGGCAAGCAACAUUAUUGUGGAUACUGCACUAUGGGCUGUGGAGCGGCAGAGAAGCAAGGCCCUGUAGUCUCCUUCCUUCCGGACGCCGAACGUGCGGGUGCACAAUUCAUCGAGGGGUUCGCGACCCAAAAGAUCCUCUUUGGGAGCGUCAACGGUAAGAAGACCGCGAUUGGCGUCGAGGGCACCUGGAUCUCGCGAGAUAGCAAUGGUGGCGUCAGCGGCAACGACCGUACAACUCGCCGUGUUGUGAUCAAGGCGAAGCGUGUGAUCAUCUCUGGAGGAACUAUGCAAAGCCCCCUUCUACUGCUGCGUUCCGGCCUCACCAAUCCACAUAUCGGGCGCAACUUCCACCUACAUCCUGUCACCUUCGUCAAUUCCUAUCACCCGGAUCGACCCCGCUUCGAUCCAUGGGAAGGCGGUAUCCUCACCACGGUCGUCGACGAGUUUCAAAACCUCGAUGGCAAGGGUCACGGCACUAAGAUCGAAUGCAUGACUAUGCUCCCAUCCUGGGUUCUCCCCUUCCAGACCUGGCGGGGCGGGCUCGAUUACAAAGACAUGUGUACGAAAUUACCAUGGAUCACCUGCCACCUCUCGCUGGUCCGGGACCGCGACUCUGGCCGUGUUUACCCGGAUCCCGUCUCUGGAGACCCAAGAUUCGUAUACACCCCCAGCGCAUUCGACAGGAAACACAUGCUUGAGGGCAUCAUCGCAGGUGCUAAGAUCGCUUACGUCGAAGGUGCGAAGGAGAUCUGGCUUUGCCAUGCAAAUAUGCCCGUCUUCGUUCGCCCCCCAACCGCCGACGAUGAAGACAGCGAAGGCGUCAACAACCCCGCUUUCCAGGCCUGGCUCGACCAGUUGAAGAAAGUCGGCCUGCCAGUCGGUAGCACGGCAUUUGGGACUGCUCAUCAGAUGGGCACUUGCCGAAUGGCUGCCAGUCCAAAGGACGGGGUCGUGGACCCGACGGGUAGAGUUUGGGGAACCGAGGGCUUGUAUGUGGCUGAUGCGAGUGUGCUACCUAGUGCUAGUGGAGUCAAUCCUAUGGUUACUACCAUGGCGCUUAGUGAUUGGAUUAGUAGGGGUGUGGCGAGGGAGAUGAGACAGGAGAGGGAGGAGAUUGGGGAGGAGAGGGCAAAAUUGUGA